AUGAGCUCUCCACUUUUCGGGCUACGAAGACGGCGCAGCCUCCUCCAUCACUCUAAUUCUUCUGCUCUGUCAAGCAAAGCGACCGCGUCGUCCUUCGCUGUGGUCUCACCUAUUCUCGGUCCAAUGGAAUCCAUACCGAGCCCGACGAACGACGAACUCUUACAUGACGGCGAAAUUGACGACGCGCAAUCUACAUCUGACACAGAUUCUGGAAGCUCGGACGCCGAUCCCGAUCUUGGUGAAGAUGGCGAGGACGGAGAUGGCACGACGAAUAACGGUGGGACCAGUCAUCGACCUAGCGCUGCAUUGAAUGAGGGGGAGAGGGGGGGCGGGAAUGAAAUCAGAGUCGAGAAUGGCAAUGGUAGCACAAAGACGUCGCCCACUCCCAAGCGCCAUGUGCGCAUAAACUCGCCUCCGCGCGUAGACACCCAAGUCCCACACCGGCGUCCAACGCGCAAUGACCCACCGAGUCCCACUUCGCAGAAUCGCCGGGCAUGGUACGAGUUUGAUCUUGCCGUAGUCGUCGCACUAGUCUCCCCGAUUGGAAGCUGGCUUACGGGGGGCGACCAUGUCAAGAAUCUCCUCCUGGUGUCCCUUCUCAUCUUCUAUUUACACCAAGUAGUCGAAGUUCCCUGGUCGCUCUAUCACGCUUGUCGCGCCCGUCAUAAGAUUGCAGCCCACUCGGCUGGCGCACCCACAAAGUCCGUCGCUUCUGCCCUCCUAUCCCUCGAACUAUUCUUCCUCGCUCUCACCGUACUCUCCCCUCUUUUCGGCGCGUUGCUCCUGCGAAUUGUCGGCAACGCCAUCGUCGGCCCCGAUGCACUCUCCUGGUUCAACGUAACACUAUUCGUCCUAGCCACUGGCCUUCGACCCUGGCGCCAUCUGGUCGACCGCGUGGCAGGCGCGGCAGAGGAGAUGCAAGGGAUCGUCUGUGAAGGCGCUUGCGGCGGCAGAUGCCAGUCCCCCAGCGAGACAGAGGAGCAGCAACGAUUGGAGGAACAGCGCGCGCAGCAGUCGGAUAUCUUGCUGCACAGACUAGAAGCCAUGGAGGCGGAGUUGUCUAAACUGAAGACGCGGAUGAGUGUACGGCAGGAUGAGCUGUAUGAUUACGUCGACGAGGCCGUGGAUGCAGUCGAUAGACGCGUUACAGACACCGAGUCGCGGCUGGUGAGGACUAUGCAUGAUGUCGAUGAAGUCGGAGCGUAUAUAAGACACUGGGGGAGGAGCUACUCUGCGACGUAUCUGGAUAUCCUCCCGAAGUGGAUCGCGCGCACGCUGGCGCUCCCGUUCUCCAGUCAAAAUCAACACAGUCCCAGUGCCAACGGGAAAAAAGAGCACAUACAACAACAACAUCAUCAUCAUCAUUCGGGAAGCUCUGCGAACACGCUCCGCACAGUGUCAUACAAGUCAGCAACGAACCAUGUUACGACCCCAUACUCGUCGAUGUACGCAUCCCCGAAUGGCUCAACGGCGACCAUCUACUCCAAGAAGCUCGAGCCGAUCCCAGAAGAAGACUCCUCUCCUCCCCCGCCGACUCCUCAUGCCAAUGGCAUAUCAUCUCCCACCAUCAUUAGAUCGUCUGACGUACCACCAUCCAACCCGAUAGAGUUUAUCGGCUCGCUCGUUUUUCUACCGUUCCGUAUUGUUCGUGGUGUUGUUUCUUGGAGCACAGGUUAUGUAUAUGGACCUUGA